UCCUCGGCCGUCAUACAAACCUACACUCUAUAAUGUGUCACUCUGUCUCCCGCCAUCUCGAACAUCACUUCACCACAAGCUAGACAUCAUAACACGGAGUAUCUCCUCAUGCAAACUCCAGCAUGACCGUGGCGGCCAACCACCCGCCCACCUCGUCACAGCCUUCAUGUCCCUAACCCCAAAUCAAUCGUCCGCCGACCACGCCCACACCCACACCCAUAACAUCUACAAUGACAUCGAGUUGACCAUCCGCUUCUCGGCAUCGCUACCAGAUCUACACCUGUCCAUCCCCGGCUCUCUCUAUGCAAACACUGCCACCCUCAAACAAUUGAUCCGGUCACGUAUCCCUCCACAGUAUGGGACACGUCGCAUCCGCCUCAUCUACGCUGGAAAAGCCCUUGUUGACGAUGUUCCGUUACAGGUGGCCCUGCAAGGCAAAAGCCGGGUCGGUGGUCUUGGAUCCAAAGUUCCUAGUCGAAUAGGAACACCAGUUGCGCCGUACGGGCUUGCAACAGGGACGACAGGUAAAGAGGCGGGAGACAAAGGCAAAUCUCCCGUGCGUGAGAGCGGCGCAGCUCCGUGGGAAAAUCGUAUCUACAUCCACUGCUCAAUCGGGGAUGUCGAACUCUCUGCUUCUGAUCUAUCCGACGAGGUUGCCAUUGCACAGCGAGGCGCCGAGCAGAGUGAGCAACAAGGAGCAGUGCCGCUUCCCACGCUGCCCCAGCACUCGUCCUUUGGUCCCGCAAAUGGAGUUACAACUACAACGCCGGCGCCUCGAGGCUUCGACCGACUCCAUUCUGCAGGCUUCACUUCGGCAGAAAUCACGUCCUUGCGCCUGCAAUUCCUCUCCAUUCAAGCCCACACCCAUACCCCCGACACGAUGCCCAGCCCCAAUACGCUGCGCAACAUGGAGGACCAAUGGCUAGACAACUCCAGCGGCGCAGGCUCAGCACUCGACGCCGCAGGUGGUGCAGACGGAGGAGCUGGUGGUGGGAUGGUGGCGGACGAUGAUGGGCAGAUUGGCGCCCUGGACGAUAUGGUAUGGGGGACGGUCAUGGGAUUCUUUUGGCCGAUUGGAUGUUUAAUGUGGGGGGUCCGGGAGGAGGGUAUCUGGAGUCAGAGGAGGAAAAUGGCCGUCGUGGUCGGCGUCUUAUUGAAUGCUAGCUUGGGCAUCAUACGGUUCACUGGUUGACGACUGGGGCUCAGCGCGCAAGGCUCGGUCAAUGCACUAGAUGGGAGCAUAAACGAGGCUUGUACACAAGGCCGUACGCGCAUAUGGGAAACAAUGUAUAUAUUGUAUUAUGAUGUACCGUUCAUCCCAAAAAGAGACCGUCGCUGGGCUCUUGAUUUUAGAGCGAUGGUUCCCAAGUUUCGACAAUCCUACACACGC